AAUUUAUUUCCUGGUAUCUCUCCGGGAUCCCCACCGGCCGCCGCCGGCAGGGGGCGCUGCCGCCGCCCGGAGCCCGGCCGGCCUCCAGCUGAGAGCAGCGCGCGGUGGAUGAGAGCGUCUUCGAUCUGUCCCCACUCCAGAUCAAAAAUGGCGGUCUCAGUGUUCCCCGGCGUGCGGCUCCUGUCCAUCGGAGACGCCAACGGAGACAUACAGCGGCAUUCAGAGCAGCAGCCUCUGCGGUUAGAAGUCAAGACCUCCCAGGACGCCGCCCUCCUCAACCUCUCCAAUGGAGAAGAGGCCAGUGUGUUCAAAUGUUCGGUUUCCCGAGAAACAGAGUGCAGCCGCGUGGGGAAGCAGUCCUUCAUCAUCACUUUGGGCUGCAACAGCGUCCUCCUGCAGUUCUCCUCACCAGCAGAUUUCCAGUCUUUUUACAACCUUCUGAAGAACUGUCGUGGGCAUCUCAAUGAGCGCUCAGUUUUUAGUGAGAGGACAGAGGAAUCCUCGGCUGUACAGUAUUUCCAGUUUUAUGGCUACCUCUCCCAGCAACAGAACAUGAUGCAGGACUAUGUCCGGACAGGGACCUACCAGCGGGCUAUCCUCCAGAAUCACACUGACUUCAAGGACAAGGUGGUUCUGGAUGUGGGCUGUGGCUCGGGGAUCCUCUCUUUCUUUGCUGCCCAGGCUGGAGCCAGGAAGGUCUACGCUGUGGAGGCCAGCACCAUGGCCCAGCACGCUGAGGUUCUGGUGAACAGCAACCGUCUGGGUGAGCGGGUGGUGGUCAUCCCUGGGAAGGUGGAGGAGGUGACGCUGACCGAGCAGGUGGACAUCAUCAUCUCAGAGCCCAUGGGCUACAUGCUGUUCAACGAGCGGAUGCUGGAGAGCUACCUGCAUGCCAAGAAGUUCCUCAAACCAAACGGUAAAAUGUUCCCCACCAUCGGAGACGUCCAUCUGGCUCCCUUCACAGAUGAACAGCUGUACAUGGAGCAGUUCACCAAGGCCAACUUUUGGUAUCAGCCCUCCUUCCACGGCGUAGACCUCUCUGCCCUGCGGGGGGCAGCCGUGGAUGAAUAUUUCCGCCAGCCCAUCGUGGACACUUUUGAUAUCCGCAUUCUGAUGGCCAAGUCUGUCAAAUACACAGUUAACUUCCUGGAGGCCAAGGAGGAGGACCUCUACAGGAUAGAGAUUCCCUUUAAGUUCCACAUGAUGCACUCGGGUCUGGUGCACGGCCUGGCUUUCUGGUUCGACGUGGCCUUCAUGGGAUCAGUGAUGACCGUGUGGCUGUCCACAGCCCCCACAGAGCCCCUCACUCACUGGUACCAGGUACGCUGUCUGCUGCAGUCUCCACUCUUCACCAAGGCUGGGGACACGCUCUCUGGCACUGCCCUGCUGGUGGCCAACAAAAGACAAAGCUAUGACAUCAGUAUUGUUGCCCAAGUGGACCAGACAGGAUCAAAGUCCAGCAACCUCCUGGACUUGAAGAACCCCUUUUUCAGGUACACAGGCACCACCCCCAACCCCCCUCCUGGUUCACACUACACGUCCCCAUCUGAAAACAUGUGGAACACAGGGGCGGCCUACAGCAUGAGUCAGGGGAUGGCUGUAUCAGGGAUGCCUGCAGCUUAUGACCUCAGCACAGUCAUCGGCAGCGGCCCGGCGGUGUCUCACAACAACCUCAUCCCUCUGGGUACACAGCUUCCUCAUUUC